AGAUGGUAGGGAAAGGGUUCGAAGAUACCCCGGGGGCCAAGAGAGGAGCACAGGACAAAGGAGGCAAAAGACAGGCCUGUGUGGCUCGGGGUUGCUUGGCAAUCGCCUUGGGCAGAAGCUAGCAAGGCGGGCCAGGAGGCAUGGCUCGCGAAAACAACUCCAGGUUGAGACCCCGCCCCUGGCAACAAGAUUACAGAGCACCGCCCCCUAACGACGAAUUCCUAGAGCUCGGAUGACCCAGUCCGGGGCCCAGAGUCCUUGCGCAGGCGCAGUCCUCUUUGCUCUGCAUAGUCCCACCUCCUGGUCCCUCCUUUCUGAGUCUUUUCAUUGGAGGAUAAUGCUGUCAAGAGCUUUCCUUUGUUUCGAAGGCGGGACAGGUCACCCUACCCGCAUUCCGAUUGGCCAGGUUCGCUGUCUAUCUCUAGCUGGCCGGUCCUGCUGCCGCUUCUUGUGUGCUUAUUGGUCCUGGAGAUGAUGCUGUGGCAUCGGGGGCGGAGCAAUUCGGAAGGCCCGCUGAAGAUUGGAUGGUGACAAGACGAGGGGCGGGCCCUACCGGCCGGUCGGUUGGGCAGUGAAGGGAGAGUCUUUUCGGCGCUGUGGACUGGCGCUGAGGAGGCGGCGGUGGCUCCUGGGGCGUUUGAGCGGGCUCACUCGAGCCCGCGGGCCGACGCGGACGCAGGCCCGGCCGGCGGGACAGCCCCGGACUCCCCGCGGGCCUUCCUAGCCGCCAUGGAGGACGGCGUCUACGAACCACCGGACUUGACUCCAGAGGAGCGCAUGGAGCUGGAGAACAUCCGACGGCGCAAGCAGGAGCUGCUGGUGGAGAUCCAGCGCCUGCGGGAGGAGCUGAGUGAAGCUAUGAGCGAGGUGGAGGGUCUGGAAGCCAAUGAGGGCAGUAAGACCUUGCAGCGGAACCGGAAGAUGGCAAUGGGCAGGAAGAAAUUCAACAUGGAUCCCAAGAAGGGAAUCCAGUUCUUGGUGGAGCAUGAACUUCUGCAGAAUACACCUGAGGAAAUUGCCCGAUUCCUGUAUAAGGGCGAGGGGCUGAACAAGACAGCUAUUGGGGACUAUCUGGGGGAGAGGGAAGACCUGAACCUGUCUGUGCUCCAUGCUUUUGUGGAUCUGCAUGAGUUCACUGAUCUCAAUUUGGUGCAGGCCCUCAGGCAGUUCCUGUGGAGCUUUCGUCUCCCUGGAGAGGCCCAGAAAAUCGACCGGAUGAUGGAGGCCUUUGCCCAGCGAUACUGCUUGUGUAACCCUGGGGUCUUCCAGUCCACAGACACCUGCUACGUGCUGUCCUUCGCCGUGAUCAUGCUGAACACUAGCCUUCACAAUCCCAACGUCAGGGACAAGCCGGGCCUGGAGCGCUUUGUGGCCAUGAACCGGGGAAUUAAUGAGGGCGGGGACCUGCCUGAGGAUCUACUCAGGAAUCUCUACGACAGCAUCCGGAACGAGCCCUUCAAGAUCCCUGAGGAUGAUGGGAAUGAUUUAACCCACACCUUCUUCAACCCAGACCGGGAGGGCUGGCUCCUAAAGCUGGGGGGCCGGGUGAAGACUUGGAAGCGGCGCUGGUUCAUCCUCACAGACAACUGCCUCUACUACUUCGAAUACACUACGGACAAGGAGCCCCGAGGGAUCAUUCCCCUGGAGAACCUGAGCAUACGUGAGGUGGAUGACCCGCGGAAGCCGAACUGUUUCGAGCUUUACAUCCCCAACAACAAGGGGCAGCUCAUCAAAGCCUGCAAAACGGAAGCUGACGGCCGGGUGGUUGAGGGGAACCACAUGGUGUACCGCAUCUCAGCACCCACACAGGAGGAGAAGGAUGAGUGGAUCAAGUCCAUCCAGGCUGCUGUGAGCGUGGACCCCUUCUAUGAAAUGCUGGCUGCAAGGAAGAAGCGAAUUUCUGUGAAGAAGAAGCAGGAACAGCCCUGACCCCCUCUCCCCAACUCCAUUAUUUAUUUUGGAGCUGCCCCGCCUGGGUGGCCGGACCCCUGGGCCCUGGGGCUGUGGAUCCUGGUUCCCCAUUUGGAAAAUCACCACCUCUAGCUCCUGACUCCUUAUUUGUAAUUAACAUACCGUUGAUAAUCCUAUUAUUUAACCUAACCCCUUCCGCCUGUAGAUGCCCUCAUUUCCUGUGUUUGAGAGAGCUGAGAUCUCAUCUUGAUGUUGGCCAGGACCCUGGGCCAUACACAGGGUGGAGGCAGGUGCUUCCUUAUGGGUCAACUGGUGUGUUCACCCUAAGCCCCAUGGAGGCAGAGUGAAGGGAGAGGUUUGAUAUGGGAGUUAGUAUUGGAUUAGCGUCUCAGGAUGGUGUUCAGAUCCAACAUGUUUUUAGGUGUGCUCUG